GAUAGAAAGAAGGCUGUUUUAAUUUUAAAUUUUAAUUUUUUUCCCCUUCCUCUGCGUGAAAAGGAAAUAACACGUCCGUCGUCUCAUGCGAUCGAGUGAGAGAGAUGGCAAUGAAAUCGCAGCAGUUGCUCGACUCCCUCACUGCUCACAUCGCCGUCUACCACGCCGCCUUCUCCAAGGCCUCGAAGCCUAACCCUAGCCCGCGCACAACCGUCCUCCGGUGGUUCUCGGCCCUCUCCGGCGCCGACCGCCAGGCGGCCCUCACUUUCGUCGACCCUGACUUCGUCCGUCUCCUCCUACUAAUGGUCGCGCGCCUCCGCAGCCAGGGCCAUGGCUUUUUCUUCGUCCUCCCCGAUCUGCCCUCUGACUCUCCCUCCCUCCCCUCCCUCUGCUUCCGCCGAUCUCAUGGCCUACUCUCCAGAGCGGCUGCCAUCGACACCGCCGAGAGGGAUGUCGCUGCAUCUCUCCUCCUCUUUGCCUCCUCUGAGGACGCCGCCUUCCUCGACACGGUCACGGUGUCCGAGGAUCUUGUUGUGGACGUUGACCGGUUUGUGGCGGUGAUGGAUGCGAUUUCGGGAGGGAGGUUUCUCAGAGGAGAGGUAACAGAUUUGGCGGCGAAGUGGCUGGAGCUUCCAUGGUUGAAGGACAAAGGGUAUUAUAGCAUAGAGUCUUUUGUAGCGAACCGGUUUGAGGUGGCCUUGCGGUUGUCUUGGGUUAGCUCUGAAGGGGGGAAGAAGCUCAAGGGUGGAAAGGCUGCUAAGGGGAAGACCUUGGCUGCUGGUCUGGCCGCAAACGCCCUCUGGAGGAGGAAAGGGUGCGUGGAUUGGUGGGCGGGGUUAGAUCCUGGAGGAAGGAAGAAGAUUAUUGAAGCUUUCCUUGGGAAGGCAGCAAAAUAUCUGGUAAAUGAGAUAACCUUGGAGUCAAAACUUGCCAUGAAGAAUGAAUUUCAGUUGUGUAAGCUUGAUGGUGAAUUUCAGUUAAGAUAUGGUCCUAUUCCUUCCUGGGUGAGAUCACAGAGAUCUCUUGUUAGCAGGAGGCUUGAUUUUUGCAUAGACAUCAUUCCUGUUAUGUCUUCUGCAAGUACACAAAUUCUAACCAAAUAUUUGAACUGCAUAUUAAUGGUUCAGGAGAUAUCUUCUCUUUAUGUGUAUCAUUUUAGUGAAUAUGAAGAAAAGCUGAUCUUUUUUAGUACAUUAUCUUCUGCUGGGACUAUUUGGGAUAAGAUGUCAAAGAAAUUACACGGACUCCUCAUGGUUAUUUACACUAACUACACGAAUGUUGAACUUCUGGGAGAUGCAAACUUGAAAAGUAUCCCAAAUAAAAAUAGAGAAAAUUCUAAAAUCCGUCGUCUCAAAGGGAAGAAGAAAGCUCAUAAUUCUCGUAAACUAGACUCUACUCAAAAGGUGUCUAGUGUCCAUCCUGGAUCAUGUGAACCUUCCUUGGCCAAUGGAUGUAAAGAUGAUUUUUCCAAUGAGUGUGAAACUAGGCUUUCCUCCCAGGAGGAAAUUCCCUUGCAGACAUCUAGUCAAAAGGCUAAUCUGACUAAUAUUUUGCUGAAAGAUGCUGAGAUUCAAUUGGGAAAUAUUGGAGGCUCAUGCAAGAGCAGUAACAGUAAGAAGAAAAAUAAGAGAAAAAAAGCUAAAAGUAUAGUUGCUAGCUCUACAAAUGAUGAACUUCCUCAACUUGAGAGCAAGGGAACUGAUUUUUCAUCUCUUGCUGCUGAAAUUGAAACAAAAGAAAGCGCUACUUGCUUAUUAGAUGAAUUUAGUAAUCCUGCAGUUGUUAAUCCCUUACUGAAUGGUCUUGAUGUCAGUUUUGGUUCAUUUCCAGUAUAUAAUUCUCGUGAGUCUUCUAAGGAAUCAGUUUUAGUGGCAGAGGAAGAGAAGGCAGUGUGCACAAAGAUAGCUUGUGACCUCCAUAGUACUACACAAAAAUGUGUUUUGGAGGAGGGUCAUUGUCCAGAUUUAGGCAAACCAGUAAAAAAUUAUCUUUACCAGGGUGAUCCGUCUGUUAACACAGUUGAAAUGAUUCUACAUAUCUCUUCAGGGUCCUGUUUGACAAGCAAUGUAAAUUGCGAUGAAAUAAAUGCAGGUUCUGUCAACUCAUCUGAAAAAUGUUUAGAGAAUGGACAUGUUGCUGCAUCAGAAAAUUACUAUUUACCUAUGUCUGAGCAACAUAUGGAAGGCAAAUCGAAAAAUAUUUGUGGAACAACUUCACAGUUUGUUGUCCCAUUCAAGCAAGAAAAAAGUUCCAAUGAUGAUAGUUCUGUAAUUAAAAAUGAUAAUAAACCAUGCUGUCUAUAUAACCAAAUUAAUCAUGUUGAAAUCAAAUCAUAUGAAUGGCCUAUUGUAACACCCCAGAACUUUUCACCUUUGAGUUUGCAUGUUCCUGCUGCCACAGAAAGGCUACAUUUGGAUGGUGGACAUGAAUGGCCUGCUUACCAUCGCCAAUCCUUCUUAUAUCUGAGGGAUCAGCCAAAGAUGUCGUCUUCUGAAGGCAGACAAGGCCAGGUCUUACCAUCUCUUACUCUGCCAAUGAGUUUCGACUGGCCUCCAAUGGUUAAAAGUUACAGUCGACUGGGUCAAGCAGCGACUUUGAGCUAUGACUCUGGAUAUAACUCAAAGCUACAGUCUUCUUUUUGCACUGGAUUUCCUAGUAAUCCAGUUGAAAGUACUGGUAGCUUUAGUAAGAAUGAUAGGAUUAAUUCUGCUGAUAUCGAUAUGUGUGAUAAAAAAAACAUAUCCGAUUUGGCAGAGGAUACAGAAAGCUAUUGGCAAUCUGAGGAGGAAAUGGAGACCCACAUGCUAUCUGCGAGGGACUAUAAUAAGUUUUUUGGUGGCGGGCUAAUGUACUGGAAUCCUGCUGAACAUGUUGGAUCAGGUUUUUCUUGUGCAGCAUCUCAUAGUUCCGAGGAUAGUGCAUGGGCCUGGCAUGAGGCCGAUCUUAACAGAGCUAUAGAUGAUAUGGUUGGAACACCUGGAAUAUCUUCAUACAACACAAAUGGUUUGGCCUCACCAACAGCUAUUCCAUUUUGUUCACCGUUUGAUGCCGUUGGGCCCGGACAUCAAUCUGUUGGUUAUACUGUUGCAGGAAAUGAAAUGGUUGGAAAGAUACCUAACUCACCAUCUUUAUUAGAUACCCCUGAAGAAAACUCAAAAUCCAUCAACAACUCACCUAGUGUAAUUGAAGGAAUGAAAGGGGACACACUUCCAAUAAUGCUGCGCCCCAUUAUUGUUCCUAGCAUGUCGAGAAGAGGAUCAAGAUUGGAGUUUAAGGUUGGCUAUGAACGCAAAAGCCCAUGCAGGCCUUGUACUAGGAGGGAUGCUCCCCGAAUCAAGAGGCCACCAUCUCCAGUGGUUCUUUGUGUUCCGCGAGUGCCUCAGCCUCCUCCGCCGUCUCCAGUAGUAGAAUCUAGGAAGCGAGGCUUCCCAAGUGUUAGGUCUGGAAGCUCAAGUCCUAGACAUUGGGGUGUCCGAAAUUGGUAUUCUGAUGAAAGUACUUCCGAGGAAAUACAACAAUGUUUUGAUGGUGUUGAAGUUGUUUGGCCUUCAUGGGGAAACAAAGGCGUUGCAAACAAUCAGAUGGUUCCAUCAUUUCAUGGGCCAUUGUUGACUGAUCAUUUAAUCACAAUUCCUCAGCUUGCUUUUGAUCAGGAACAUUCUGAUUUAGCUCUACCUUUGCAACCUCCAGAUUCAACAAAUUUUUCAUCUAUUAGAACAUCUCUAUCUGCGAUGCGCACACUCCAUGAGGAAAUUGAUUGUUUUUGCAAGCAGGUUGCUGCUGAGAAUCUGAUUAAAAAGCCGCAUGUUAAUUGGGCUGUCAAAAAGGUAACACGCUCCCUUCAAGUCCUUUGGCCCCGGUCUAGGACAAAUAUAUUUGGAUCUAAUGCCACUGGUUUAGCUCUGCCUACUAGCGAUGUAGAUCUUGUCGUAUCUCUUCCUCCAGUGCGAAAUUUGGAGCCGAUUAAAGAAGCUGGAAUCUUAGAAGGUCGCAAUGGUAUCAAGGAAACAUGCCUUCAGCAUGCAGCUAGGUACCUAGCAAAUCAAGAGUGGGUUAGAAAUGAUUCAUUAAAAACCAUAGAAAACACUGCGAUACCUGUUAUCAAACUUGUAGCUGAAGUUCCUACUGAUUCUGAUAUUUCAAGAGAGAGCUCUUCCAUAGUGCAUAUACCAGAUACACAUUCAACUCAGAUACAUCAGAGAGAAAGUGAAAUUCCUGAUCCUGACCUGUCUAGUUCAGACUGUAGCUCUUGCCACAUCGAUUCAAAAAGGACAAGAAAUGAUAGUGUUGAUGCAAAAUCAAUUCAUCUUGAUAUUAGCUUCAAAUCAUCAUCACAUACUGGACUUCAAACUUCUGAACUGGUUAGAGAACUCACCCAACAAUUUCCUGCUGCUGUACCACUGGCUCUAGUACUCAAGAAGUUCUUGGCUGAUAGGAGUUUGGAUCGUUCAUAUUCUGGUGGUCUAAGUUCAUACUGUUUGAUCUUGCUUCUUAUACGUUUUCUUCAGCAUGAACACCAUGCUGGACGUCCCAAUAACCAAAAUCUUGGUGGCCUUUUGAUGGACUUUCUUUACUUUUUUGGAUAUAUAUUUGAUCCUCGUCAAAUGAGAGUUUUGAUCCAAGGAAGUGGAAUUUAUCUGAACAGGGAAAGAGGACUUAGCAUAGACCCACUCCAUAUUGAUGAUCCUCUUUACCCAACUAAUAAUGUGGGAAGAAACUGCUUUCGAAUACAUCAAUGUAUUAAGGCUUUUGCUGAUGCAUAUUCAUUGCUGGAAAAUGAGCUACAAUAUUUUUCUGGUAAUGGUUGUUCAGAGUCAACUGGAAAAUUCAGGCUACUCCAAAAGAUCAUCCCUAGUAUUGAUUGCAAGGAGUAAAUUUAAGUGAUGAGAGCAUUCAAUUGUUUAUUCUGAUCACGCCUGCCAAUAUGGAUUUACUCUUGAACCUCCAAGGAUGCAGAUUGAUAGAUUCCACUUGUCAAUUUUGGCAGCCAGUAUGUGCCUUGACUUGCCUCAUUGUUUCUUUCAUGAUCUGUCAUUCUUGCUACUAUAGGAGGCAUGCCAACGCCAGCUGAACAUUGUUUUUCCAUACAAAGCUGUGCUUUUGAAGACAACUGGAGUUCUCAAAUUCAAAGGCUUAUGUGUAUCCUCUCUCUAUUAAGAGUGUGUGAUUAUACACCAUAAAAUCUUCCUUCACAUGUCCAAGGCCUACAAGACAUGACUGGAUGUGAAACUGUUAAGGGUCUCUGAGUUUCUGCAUCUUUGGCAAUCUGAGUGGGAGAUUAAGCAAACAUGCAGCAGCUUGUAUACAGAUUCUUCUCUAUUCUGGUUUGGCUUGGUGAGAUUUGACCUAUGGAAAAAAUUGAAACUCAUGAUCGGCCAAAAAAUAAUAAGAAUAGACACGUCCUGGGUGAACCAUCAGAAUGUUGGUUGCAAGGCACCACUCCAUAUUUGACUAAGUUCGAUCAUGCUCUGGUUGUGCAUCCAUCAGGUGGACUUUCUGGGAAUCUCUUUGUGCGAGGAAGAACCUGAAAAACGGUGAAAAGGCUUCGUAGCAUAUAUGAUGCCUAAAUCUUCUUUAAAUCUUCCCAUAGCUGUAGUUGCUGCUGCAGCCAUUCCACCUCUACUUGGAUAGCAUGCUUUAAAAAAUGCUACAACAAUUUCAAGUUUUGGUGAUUAACAACAAAUGGGAAGAUUUUUAUGAAUAAGUUUCUUAUAUGACAAUUGGUGUAAAUUGGUCAAAUUCUUCAAUUUUCCAGAUUUGAGUCUAAACCAUCACGUAGCCAUGUUGUUGCAAUAUGAUUCUAGUAAAAAGUGUCUUUUGUGAAUUGGAGAAGUAACCGCGAUAGGAACUAAAGGGACCGCUGGAUGGAGACUCUACGCCGGCUGGCAGAGCGUUGUAGCAAUUCUUCAGCAAUUUUGCACAGUGCAGAUCACUCCAAUCGGGAAGAAUUCACUGUAGCAAUUCCGGCUCAAUCCAUUGUACCACUCAUUUUGUAUUAGUUAAGUAAUCGAAAGCUCUUGCAAUUGUAAUAAAACACUUUAUUUGAAUCCAAAAUAAACGACAUAGAGAACUAAUUUGUUCAAACCUCUA